CAUUCCUGUACUACGCGUUCCAUGUUAAUGUGCAGGAUAUAAACUCACAAAAUUUGCUUGAGGAUUUCCUACAUCAGAAAGGUUUACUUUUUAAUUUUAAUUUUUUUCAUCACAAACGACUCGCUAAAGCCCACUUUUGUACCGUUGACUAUGGCCAACGUGGAAACUUGAGUCGCAUUUACAUGGACUAACAACGGCUAAGAUCAACGGUGAGGCUGUAAGCCCACAUUUUUCUCGCCAAUAUAACAAUUAAGGCUAGAAAAGACGAAGUAGUGGUCUUUUGUAUAAUAAACCCGUCUCUUCGCUGUCUUCUCUUUUUUUAUAACACUUCGUCCUUGCAGACGUUGGCGUGUAGUGUAUUGUUGAAGGUUGUGAUAUCAUCCUAGCAACCAUGGCGAGCCCUACAAUGCCGAUGACGACAAUGGCAACAAUCACAUCCGCACAGCCGUCGUCCACACAGCAUCAUAUCCCGCCCUUGACUACUCUCGUAAGGCCAUUAAAUUACGCAUGCGAGUCUCUGUAUAGAACGGCCACCUUGUCCAACACCAAACCCACCCUUUUGAUCACGAGCGACACCGCACACAGCCUCUUCUCGUCCUGUCAACCCUCAGGAUGGGACGAAUCGAACUUUACAUUCAGUCCUGGCGUCUGUCCUUCGUACUGGACAUACUGGAACAUGGCAACAACCACUUCUGAUGCUACGCGCAUGAUGCAAGCAUUUUGUUGCAGCCGCUACUUCAGCCUGACGUCUACCAAUUCUGGGCAUUCGUGCAUUUACACCUAUGGAACCUAUAUCCACACUUCUGACGACGAGACAGCCUGGGUUACGAGACUUCAUCAGCCGUGGGUUGUUCAGUGGCAAGCCACGGAUAGGCUACCCGUUUCCCUCCCCGUCUUUACUAAUGCUACAACACUCACAACUUUUGACCCAUUUGACCGGGCAUCGAUGAAUGGUGACGAGGGGGGUAAUCAUGACAGCGUUGGCAUCUUAGUUGGAACGCUUAUGCUUAUUGUCGUCUUGCCCGUCAUCAUUGUCGCUCUUACAGUGACUGCCUGCGUGAUUCUUUGUCGUCGUAAGCGCAGAAAGGCCAGACUUCGCCUACAAGAACAGGAGGCGCAGCAGGCAGCGCAGCAAGAGCAGCAGCUAUCAGAAACAUCGCAAAGCGUGGAAGAAGUCAAGCCAAUAAAUUUCAAAGAGGAAAAGUGA